AUGGUCAUAGAUAUUGUAGAAAAUGAUAAACCUAUAUCAGAUAAUUCACAGGGAGCUAUUUUUAAUGUAAGUGGUACGUUACCACAACCAAUAAAUUCUAGAAUCAAUAUAGGAGAAAACGCUGGAAAGUCUGUGAUGGUUAAAAUAAGCGAAAAAGAAAUAAUGCCCUGUUCUUUUAAGCUAGAUACAAGGGAUUCUGAUACUUCUAGACAGUCUAGUUAUGAACAAGUUUUGUUUGAGUUAAAAGGCAACCAAGAGAAAACACGCAGACAUGUAGGAGUACGUGGUGACAAGUUUGGUUCAUCCUGUAUUUCGAAAGAGAAUAUCUCAAAUAUUAAAACAACACUGAUAUUGGAUAUUGAGACCAGUUCAGAGGAUGAAAAACCACUAAUUACCCAAGAGAGACCAUGCAAACGUGUAAAGACACUUGGUGGUAAAUCUUGUUCAGCUUCUACUUCCAAUAGAAAGACAAGUAUUACAUUGAUAUCGGAUAUCGAGACCAGUUCAGAGGAUGAAAAGCCACCAAUUACCCAAGAGAGACCAUGCAAACGUGUAAGGACACGUGGUGGUAAAUCUUGUUCAGCUUCUACUUCCAAUAGAAAGACAACAAGUAUUGAAGAAGAAUUAACAGACAUCAUUGGAACCACUUCAGAACAUGAAAAUCUCUCAAAAAGAUCUGAAAAUGAAAACUUACCCAUAUCAGAUGAACAACUACUACAAAUUCUUGAAGACCCUGAUGAGAAUUAUGACGACGAUAUUUUUGAUCCUGAUUUCAUUGAGAAUAUGAAUCAUUCUGACAAUGAUAGCGACACAUCAAUUGUAAGUGAAGACGAAUUAGUCCCAAGAAAUACUGAGGAAGAUCAAGAAUGGUCAAAUCACUAUAGACAGACUAGAAGAAUUAAUUUUGAAGGAAAUCCUGUAGGAUUAAAAAUUGAACCUGAGGGUUCAGAACCAAUUGAUUAUUUCAAUCUUGUAGUGACAAAUGAAUGUCUUCAAAUGAUUGUUGAAAAAAGCAGUGAGAAUGCGUCUCGGAUAUUAGCGCAAAAUUUUCCUGGAAUUCAUGCGGACAGAUUUUAUGACAAAAAGGUGGUUUUUGUGGGGUCUGAUCUAAGAUAUGCCAAUUACAUAAAAAAGACCGACAUCGCAGCAGCAGACAAGGGACCCAAUUACGAUGGAAAAAGCUAUAAGAAACGUAGAAAUGGGAAGCUUGUUCUUAAGAAUAUUUGUUUGUGA